AUGGGAUGUUAUGGUCGAAAAUAUAAGGCUGCUUCGGAGCAAGAACAAACUAUGGUGUCCGGUAAAAAGAAGUGCUUUGCCUGUAAAGAGACAUCACACACUUUGGAUCAAUGCAGGAUAAAAGACAAUCUGGUUACUGUGGCCCCGCUAUUUGGACAUUCGACAAGGUUUCCUUUCUACAUGAUUCAACCUUCAGAUGAAGUUGUUGAAAACGAGAAAUUCUACCAUCACUCCCUGCUGGUCACAUCCAAUACCAGUAACUUGGACCCGACAAGAGUGAAAACUGAACUAAACAAGUUUUGGAAGCUGACUGGUGACUGGGAGAUAAGGAGAGAGGGUACAAAGAACUUUACAGCAUCCUUCAACUCAGAGGAUGACCUAAUAAGCUGUUUAAAGCCUCCCAAUGUAGAAACAUUUCUGGAUGAGAAAGAGGUGAAAUUCACAGUGGCAAGGUGGGAUGAAUGUGCUGGGGAAAAGUUUGACUUGAUUCGAAAGUGGGUUUUUGUCUAUGGGGUCCCAGGUACAUACAGAAACUGGAAGGAGCUAUAUCAAGUUGCAUCUGCAGUUGGAGUGUUGCUUGAGGUAGAUGAGGAAAGUUUGGGAAGUGGAGAUAAGGAGCCUAUUAGGUUGAGGAUAGCAUUAGGAAGUCUGGUUGGUGCUCCGUUCUCGUACCCCUUUGUGUUUGGAUGGUCUUCUAUACUAGUCAAGUUCAUGAUCGAAGACAAAGCAGAAAGGAUGGAAGGGCAAAGGAAAGAAUUAGAAGAACAGAGUGGUAUUAUCAUGAUGGAAUAUGAAAACAUAAGCGAACACGGUAUUGAGGUGCCUCAAAAAACACUGAGUAAAGAAAUGAAUUCAGAGAGCACUGGGGUAACUUUGGCAGGCAAUUAUUCAAUGGAUAUUAAAGGUUGCUCAGAUGAGGAACAGAAAGAAGAACUGAAGACCACAGAAGCAGCUGCAUUGCUGGAAGUGGCAAAGUUCAUUGCAGAGUUAAGAUCUGAUGGAGCGAUCAAAGAAAACAACACGAGUGCUAUGGCGGCCACCACAACAAACUUGAAGAAAGCAGCAGAAGUGGGGCGAUCCACUUGUGAAAGUUCAACAGGAGGUGAUCAUAUGUUGGGUUUGGAAGGUUGUUCAGACAACGAACAUAGAGAGGAACUGAAGACCUGGAAAACAGCUACAUUGCUGGAAGUACCGAAGUUCACUGAAGAGUUCACAACUGAUGGAAAGAACAAAGAAAACAAUGCAAGUGCUAUAACAGGCACCAGAACGGACUCUGAGAAAACUACAGAAUACAUUUCUGAAGCUGAAGGCGGGCAGUCCAUUAGUGGAAGUUCAACAAGCUUGAUUGCAGGAUCCUACAGAGGUAUACAGAAGCCACCUAUAAAAAAUGUAUACACAAGAAGAAGAGGCCGGAAGCAAAAAGAAUCAACUGAAGCAUCCACUUUGUUUGCGGAUAUCAGUUCUGAUAGUGCCCAUGAAAGUAUACAGAAGCCACCUAUAAAAAUUGUGUACGAGAGAAAAAGAUAUCCCAAGGAAAAAGGAUCCACAGAGCAGCAAGCUGCUUCAGAGGAAGCAAAUAAUGGAAUAAACCCAGGGAGCAGCAGUAACACCACACGGGUUGUAACCUCAACAUGCAAUGUGUUGGAUUCAAAAAGUUCGUUAGAAAAGGAACAUGAAAAAGAAAUGAAAAUGGCAGAAACAGGUCUACUGGGGAAAGGGCUAAAGUCAACUGAAGAAUCCGGAGAUGGAGAGAAAAAACACAGCAAAGUAAGGACCAGUACAACCUACUAUACGAGAAAAAAAACAGCACCAGAGACUCUGAGAGCUGAAGGAGGACAACCUAUCAGCGGAAAUUCAGAGUGCAUGAUUAGAAUAUCAGAGACAGAAGGUGUUGCCGUGCCUGGAACGACGCCAGAAGGAGCUCAGUUUGAUGGAAAACAACAUGUUUCUAAGAUGACCACACGGCCAACUCAAAUUUGUGAGGAAUUCAACACAUACAAUGAGAUCUACGACAGUUUCACUAAAAUGGGUCUUCGAGAAAAUCUGCUGAAGGGAAUAUAUGCAUAUGGUCUGGAGAAGCCUUCUGCCGUGCAUCAACGAGGAAUUGUCCCGUUGUGUAAGGGUCUGGAUGUUAUUCAGCAGUCGCUGUAUGGAACAACUGUGACACUUGCCUGUGGAGUUCUGCAGCGACUCGAUUAUGGAUCUGCGGAAUGCCAAGCGUUGGUCCUUGUACCAACACGUGACUUAGCACAGGAGACUGAGAAAGUUAUUGGAGCACUUGGUCAGUGGCUAGGUGUCAAAGCUCAUGCUUGUUUUGGAGGAACUAGCGUUCGUGGGGACAAUCAAUUUUUGUCGAGCAGCGUUCAAGUCAUCGUCGCUACGCCUGGUCGUGUUCUUGACAUGCUGAGAAGGCGAGCACUCUGUCCAGAUAACAUUAGAAUGUUUGUCUUGGAUGAAGCAGAUGAAAUUCUCACAGGAGGUUUGAAGGACCAGAUCUAUGAUAUUAUCCAGCUUCUCCCAAGCAAAAUCCAGUUUGGAGUAUUCUGUACCACCAUGUCCCAUGAAGCUCUCGAGCUUUGCCGGAAGUGCAUGCAUGAGCCUAUGAAGGUCAUUGUGCCGAAAGAUGAAGAACUUAAGGGUAUUAGCAUUAAGCAGUUCUAUGUUAAAGUUGAGAAGGAAGAAUCGAAGUUUGAUGAAUUGUGUGACCUUUUUCGCACCAUGGCGGUCACACAAUGCAUCAUCUUUGUGAACGCACGUCGGAAGGUCAAGUCACUGGCCGAGAAGAUGAGAGGCAUGGAUUACACUGUCUCAACAAGCCACGGUGGUAUGGACCAGCAGGCAAGAGAAGUUGCCAUCCAGGAUCUCAGUUCUGGAUCCUCUCGUGUCCUCGUUACCACUGACCUUCGUGGCGCUGACGCGUUGGAGGUCCCUGUGGUCAUCAACUAUGAUCUGCCGACACAACCGGUGCAAUACCUUCGUCAUGUGCAACGAAGCAGAGGGAAGGGUGUCACCAUCAGCUUUGUUACUCGCGCUGAUAACCGUGUUCUGUCCGACAUCCAAAGGUUCUGCAACGCUCCAAUAGCGGAGCUACCCUCAAGCACCGCAGACCUCCAGUGAGCAAUACCCUAGUUGGUUAUAGUGUGGAGAUGGGUGCGGCUAGAUUUUUGGUCGCUUUUCCUGAGAGCUGCACAUCAUGUGCAUUUUGUUGAA